AUGCGCCAUGAAUUUCAUGGACUGCAAUGUUAUGCUCUGACUAAACUAUGCUCCAAGGACUUCAAUAAAUCACAACGGGCUAUUGGCUUGGCGCUUGACUAUAGAUUGGUGUUAACUAUGAUGACUUUGCUUUACAUUUGCAAACUCAAAUCAGCAGGCAAGCGUUGCGUCGGAAAAGAUCAAAUCAAAUGUCACUUUUACUUUCAAGAAUUGUAG